AUGCCUCUGCCUCCCUCGCCCGUCGCGCCCGUCGAGGCCCCCAACGACUCGCCCACGCGCCCGCAGCCCUCGCGCACGCCCUCCGACGAGCAUGACACGCUCAAGUACCAUCUGCUGGGCCCGUCGCUCACCAAAGCCGGCCAGGACAGCGUAGACCAGCAAAAGGUGUCUGAGAUCAUCUACAAUGCCUCCAAGGGCAGCAAGUUCUUCAACCACGAGGAGGUCAGGGACCGCGUCUUGACGGACAAGAUCAAUCGCAUCCUGGCAAAGAAGCGCCAGCUAGACAAAGUAAACCUGAGCGCGGAGCUGCGGCGCGCCGACGACUACCUCGCAGAGCUGGAACUAGGCAGAGACCUCACCCAGGUCGUCAUCCACAUCGACUGCGACGCUUUCUAUGCUGCAGUGGAGGAGCUUGACAGGCCCGAGCUCAGACACGUGCCCAUGGCCGUCGGCAAGGGCGUCCUCACCACCUGCAAUUACCACGCGCGCAAGUUUGGCUGUCGCUCCGGCAUGGCUGGCUUCGUCGCCAUGAAGCUGUGUCCCCAGCUCAUAUGCGUGCCCCUGAACUUCGCCAAAUAUUCGGCCAAGGCGGAAGAAGUGCGCGCAGUCCUUGCCCUAUAUGAUCCACGCUUCGAAAGUGCCAGUUGUGACGAAGCAUAUCUGAACAUCACCCAAUAUUGUGAAGAUCACCACAUGGAGCCAGAAGAGGUCGUCAGCCAACUCCGAGCCGAAGUGCACGUGAAGACGAAGAUCACCGUGUCUGCGGGCAUUGCCGCAAACGCCAAACUAGCCAAGAUCUGCAGCAAUAAGAACAAACCCAACGGACAAUUUAACCUCGCCAGAGAUAGACAGACCAUCAUGGAAUUCAUGAGGUCGUUACCUACUCGCAAAGUCAACGGCAUCGGCCGAGUGUUUGAGCGCGAGCUUGACGCAAUUGGCAUCAAGACAUGUGGUGACAUCUACGCUCAGCGCGCGUACUUGUCGCCACUCUUUGGCCAGAAAGCCUUCCAGUUCCUCAUGCAGUCCUACCUGGGGCUCGGCAGAACUCGGAUCCAACCGGCCGAGGAUUACGAACGGAAGAGCGUGGGCACCGAGACCACCUUCAGAGAACUCGGCUCGCCAGACAGCCUACGGCAGAAGCUUCGAGCCAUUGCCGAAGAGCUCGAAGGUGACCUAAAACGCACAGAAUUCAAAGGACGCACGCUCUGCAUCAAGAUCAAGUUGCACACGUACGAAGUCUACACGAGGCAGAUGACGCCCCCGUUUGCGAUCCAGCGUGCAGACGAUCUGUACAAGUACGGUCUCCCGAUGCUGGAGAGGCUCAUCAAGGAGAUGCCGAACCUGAAAUUGCGCCUCAUGGGACUGCGGUGUACCCAUCUUAUCAGCACAAAAAAGCCAGGUAUUGACUUCUUCGGCCGACAGCGUGCCAUGGCUACAGCGAAACCAGAGGUGAGAAAUGAAACCAACGAAAAGGAUGGUGAGUGGGAGACAUGGCCGGAGGAGGAAUUUGAAGAAGCCGCUCGGCAAGAGCGUGAUGAUGAAAUGAAUGAACUAGAGAAACUCUCUCAAGAGUACAAUGAACGACAGAGACCAGGGAAUGAUACGAAGAUACACGAACCACAAGCAGUACAUGAAGGAGUGCAGGAAGAGUCAUGGACUUGUCCAAUUUGCAUGCUCCCACAAGCCUCUGAAGAUGCGGCGUUCAACACCCACAUUGACUUCUGCCUCUCACGGCAGACAAUCAAGGAAGCUGUCAAAGAGACGGCGCCCACACCCGCUUCGUCAAACCCGCAGUUGAUUCCUUCGAAACACCCGCCAGCCAAAACAAAAGGGAAGCGAGGCCGUCCGAAGAACGAUCAGAGUGGACUAGGUGAAAAGACGCGAGAGAAGCGUCGGGCUUUCUUCACAAUGCCUACGGGGCCGACAUCGUAA